CUUGGCCGUUAUGUAAGACGCUGAGGAACGAGUGAAGCCGGCCAGGCUGACCUGAAUAGCGCUGGAAGGUGUGAGCUGUGACGUAAGUGACUUGGUGAUUACAGUAAUAUCUCAGAGGGAACUACAGUUAUGACAACAUUUUCACCUAAAUGGGCCGACAACAUAUUUACUGUGAAAAUAGCUUGUGUAGCAGACCCCCCCCCCCCCUCCAACUACCAAUGCAAAUAUAAACUGCAUCAUUGAAAAAGUCGUGUACAAACUAGACACAGCUAAUCGCUCCUCUCAUAUCAUAUCAUACAGUAUACAGUGGUUGGAAACAGUUUUCACCAUUUGUGGAUAAUGGCUCUCACUGUGCUUGGCUGGAGUCCCAAAGCUAUAGAAAUGGCAUGUUCAGUUGUGUUGUCAUGGACUAAUUACAUUUCUAUGACGAUCUCACACAGUGUGACAAACAUGCAAAGAAACCAGGAAUGGGGCAAACACUUGUUCACACCACUGUGUAUAUUUUUGGAUAAUAUGACAUGAACACCUUUGUACAGAUCAAAGUAUCAAAGUACAAGUACAAGUAUCAAAGAUCAAAGUACACGAGUGUGUGUUUGUACAAUCAUGGCUUUGUGUGCCGGCCAUCACAGUUCAAAGGUUGUGGAAAGAGCUUUGUUACCAUGUACCUUUGUGGAAUAAAGAACCUGCGCUGCUGGCUUCCUGGCUUCCAUAGAAGAAGUGAAGCACUGACAUGUCAUACAGACAAAAGUGUUGGGACACCGAGUCAUUCUCCCCAAAGGGUGUGGAAAUGGAAGGACGAUGUAGGAAGUCCCCCAAAGGUCAAGUCAAAUUCUUGGAGGUGAUAAAGCCCUUCUGUGCAAUUCUGCCAGAAAUCCAAAAACCUGAAAGAAAGAUCCAGUUCAAAGAGAAGGUUCUAUGGACAGCCAUCACUCUCUUCAUCUUCCUGGUUUGCUGCCAGAUCCCCCUCUUUGGCAUCAUGUCCUCAGACUCUGCAGAUCCUUUCUACUGGAUGAGAGUCAUUCUCGCCUCAAAUCGAGGUACCCUGAUGGAGCUGGGCAUCUCCCCUAUCGUCACCUCGGGCCUCAUCAUGCAGCUGCUUGCUGGGGCUAAAGUCAUCGAAGUUGGGGACACGCCCAAAGACAGAGCCCUCUUCAACGGAGCGCAGAAAUUGUUUGGAAUAAUCAUCACCAUUGGCCAAGCUAUUGUUUACGUGAUGACCGGCAUGUAUGGCGACCCCUCAGAGAUGGGAGCUGGUAUCUGUCUGCUCAUCAUCAUCCAGCUGUUUGUGGCCGGUCUCAUCGUGCUGCUCCUGGAUGAGUUGCUCCAAAAAGGCUACGGUCUGGGCUCUGGCAUCUCGCUCUUCAUUGCCACCAACAUCUGUGAGACCAUCGUCUGGAAGGCUUUCAGCCCUACCACUGUCAACACUGGCAGAGGCACGGAAUUUGAAGGCGCAAUCAUCGCUCUUUUCCAUCUGCUGGCGACGAGGACGGACAAAGUGCGUGCUCUAAGAGAGGCCUUCUACAGACAAAACCUGCCCAACCUCAUGAACCUCAUCGCCACUGUGUUUGUUUUUGCUGUCGUCAUAUACUUUCAGGGAUUCAGAGUGGACCUGCCCAUCAAGUCCGCUCGCUACCGUGGCCAGUACAACACCUACCCCAUCAAACUCUUCUACACCUCCAACAUUCCCAUCAUCCUGCAGUCUGCCUUGGUUUCCAAUUUGUACGUCAUCUCCCAGAUGCUUUCCACGCGCUUCAGCGGGAACUUCUUGGUCAAUCUGCUGGGAACUUGGUCUGAUGCUACAAGCGGCGGUCCAGCCCGGGCGUACCCCGUGGGUGGGCUUUGUUACUACUUCUCCCCACCUGAGUCAUUUGGAUCAGUCCUGGAGGAUCCAGUCCAUGCACUCAUCUACAUUGCCUUCAUGCUCGGAUCAUGCGCCUUCUUCUCCAAAAGCUGGAUCGAAGUUUCCGGCUCCUCCGCAAAAGAUGUGGCCAAACAGCUGAAGGAGCAGCAGAUGGUGAUGAGGGGCCACAGAGAGACCUCAAUGGUGCACGAACUCAACAGGUACAUACCUACGGCGGCUGCAUUUGGCGGGUUGUGUAUCGGCGGCCUGUCUGUCAUGGCUGACUUCCUCGGAGCGAUCGGCUCCGGCACAGGAAUCCUGCUGGCCGUCACAAUCAUCUAUCAGUACUUUGAGAUUUUUGUCAAAGAGCAAAGUGAAGUCGGAAGCCUGGGAGGAUUUUUCUUCUAAGAAGAAUGGUGGAGUUUAAGGAUUUUGGUCAUACUUGAUCAUUGACUGCGUGGAUGGUCUCGCGCUUCCUACCGUGACAGAUUUGAUACAUUUUUCACUCUCAUUGAGCUGCCACUCCAGUGAAGGUGGAGACCAGAACCUCGGCUGUGGGACAGAAUGGAGUUCAUUCCAAUCAUGUUCCCUGCCAGCGACCCUGUGGACGUUUGUCAUCGGCCGCCUUCCAGCAUAGAAGAAGAAAAGAUGCGGUGUUUACAGGAAAUGAUGUCAGCUGAUGGAUGGGAUAGAAAUCAUUACCAGAGACCUCACUGCUGGUGUUUCUAUUCAUCCAAUCACUUGUCUUUAUGAUUAAUAUUCCUUUAUUUUCAUUGUCUUAUUUGAUUAGAUUUUUUUACCUGGACAGAUCAUCUGUUUUUUCCAUAAUGUGUUGGAUUGGUCUGUAUGUGUGAGACAGUCUUUGGAAUGUCUUUUAAAAACAUUCCGGGACAAACUUAUGGAACAUGUUUGCAAUAAAGUAUUUUUUC